AUGUGUUACCGCUGCGAGUGUCGUUCUGUUGGAUUCCAUCCACAAUCCGGAGCGUACCAUAGGGAUGCGGAAGGUUACCUUUCGCGUUACUACGAUACGCCUCGGGAUGUAACAAAUCAUCGCUUCUGCAAGGCAUCUCGAGUGUUUGUUCCUCCGCCUCCUGCAACCAACGCCUCGCUGGGCACUGCUGCUGCUGCUGCUGAGCUCUGUGUCACAAAUGCAGGAACUGCUGUGCUCCAGGUUACAGGGAGUUGUGUUGUUGAGCACUCCUGGCUGCUGAACCAGGCGGAGCAGGAGGGGCGGGGGCUGGAAACUCGAUCUGAGCUAAAAAUAAAGAAUCAUCACCAGCAUAAUGAGAUAGGAGUGUCUCAGUGCGAUGCUGGCUGUUCCGAGGUGGAUUCUCUGACUGAGGCUGUGGCGGGAGAAGGAUUCCUGCUGGGCUGCAUCUCCUGUAAGCGACGAGAGGAGGUCCCUGCACGAGCCACCGUAGACUGGCAUUUCAAGCCUCUGGGAGAGGAGGAGUUCAGGCAUAUUUUCCACUAUGACCACCCCGUAGCCGACAUCCUCCAUGAAGACUUCAGCGACCGCCUGGUAUGGCGCGGGACACUAAAUGAUGACAUUCAGAUGGGAACCGUGUACGUUAAUAACGUCACCUUCAAUGACACUGGGACGUAUCGCUGCACCUUCCACCGCACCCUCUUCCUGCCGCUGUCUCCUGAGCUUGUCACUGUGGAGAAGGAGGUGGAGCUUAGUGUGGUGACUGUAGCCAAUCGGGAGCUGACCGAUGUGAUCUCAGAGAUAAUGAUGUACGUGCUGAUCACGUUCCUGCAGCUGUGGCUCAUUGUGGUUCUGAUCUACUGUUACAAGAAAAUCUGGGAUGAGCACGAGGCACGUCAAGCUAAAAAGGCUCAGGCUGGACAGGGAGAAUCCAAAGAUAACUGUGACGGGGUGCAGCUAGACUAA